GUUAGAAUACAAGGCUUUUGUGUUCCACCAGCCCCCUCAUCACUCAGGUUUUAUUCCAUUUCUUCAAGUAGUGGACAUGUUCCUGCCACUCUCUAUGCUUUUAUUUAAUCCGGGCAGAGCCCAGACUGAACAGAUGGCUGAAAACAGUGAAGGGAAGACUAUAAAAUGUACCGCGUCCUCAGCCUCAUUUGAACCAAGCAAUGUUGUAUUUUUUUGCCCCCUUUGCGACAAAGAUCACAUGUGUUUUGGAGAUGCGUUAGCAGAGGCAUCCAGCUAAGCGGCCAGUGACAGAGAGGAUAAGAAAUAGCCCCACCUUUUGAAGGAUCCAGCAGGUGUAGAGGAGCUAUCCUUUUGGAAGGAACCAAGGACAAGGCAGCCGUCGGGUGGCAAUUGAAGUAAAACACAGCACUACCGGCAAAAAGUGGUCCAUCAAAAAAGUUAACAGGAAAACAGUAAAUAGCAUGCAGAGAUAUGUGGGGUUAUGGAAUGGUGCCGUGUUCAGAGCCUUGUUUCUUCUGUGUACUCAUCGGAAGGGCAAAAACUUCUGCUGGUUUUGGAUACGAAAAUGAACUGCAGAUAUUGUUCACAGUGAUCUAAAACUGGAAAACAUUUUAGUUAAAAGCAGUGACAUCGGUGAAGCAAAUGAAAUGAAAUUAAACAUAAAGGUUUUCCAUCCUUGGACUCAGUUCACCACUUCCAUCAGUAGAAACCAUCAUGGCCAGCUCUUCUCAUUUCAUGGCCUUGCUUUAUAUAUCCUUUUGGAACAGCAACUAUCACAUUCUAUCAUCUCACCAAGGGUUUGGAGAGGGUGGACACAACAACAUCUGUUUCAGGGAAUUCCAGGAUUAUAACUGGACAAGAGGAAAGUUUCUAGAUGUGGUUGACUUCACUCUAGCUGUACAAAAACCUGGUGGUAGUGAGAGCAUGUUUCAGUCUAUCUGUGGGACUCCUAUAUACAUGGCCCCUGAAGUUAUCAGUGCCUAUGACUACAGCCAACAGUGUGACAUUUGGAGCAUAGGUGUCAUUAUGUACAUGCUGGUGAAACACAAGUUAUCCAGAGAUCAUGUCUUAACGAAGGAAUUAAAGAAGGAAUGGAAUAAUAAUCUAGACAUUGGUGAGGAAUGCAAUAUACAAGGAGAAUCAAGUAACCCUGCUACUACGUGUCAACAGGAUGAAACCAGUGAAGCACAAGAAAGCUCUACCAGUAACAAUGGUAACAUAGAACUUGGUGCAGAAAUUGAAAUGGAGAAUGGGGCAACAAAUACUCCACACCAGCAAAACAGUCCCCUGCAGGUAGGUCCAGUAUCUCCAGUAUCAAAUUCAAAGUGGAAUCAGGAUUGCCAAGAAAAAGAGAAUUGGACAAGUCCUUGGUACCUUCCACCCAGGAACUGGGAAAUAAAAGCCUGCUGAAGUCUGCCGUCUCACUCAGAACCAAAAAGUAAUCAUAGGAUAUCCAUCAACUCUGAACAGCUUAAGAGUAAACAACUAUUACUUGUGCCAAAAUGAGCAGACUAUAUAAAGAUGGACAAAUAUAUCCUGAAGUGUUUGCCUCUCUACUCUCCUGAACCCUUUAAUCAGAAAGCUUUAGCUUUCCUUUAGCACUGAAGAAAAUCUAACAGCAGUGUGAACUCCUAACCUGUAAGAGGACAUCCACUGAUAGUAUUUUUGUCAGAGUACAAAUUAUAGAAUUGUCUAAAAUGUAUGUAAUUUAUUUGCUCUAUACUAAUAGGCAUCACGCCAGGCAGGCAGUUUGCUUUCACAAAUCCAUUUUGCUGUGUUUUACUUGCAUUUACUUUCUUUACUUUUGUCACAAAUAUUUAGGGGGAAAAAAUGAGGCCAGAAUCUGUAAUAGGGAUUCCUGAUAACUGCAUGCUUUACAUUCUGAGAAUAUUCUAGGAAAUUGCUUAUAAAUUUGCUUGAGGCAUUAUAGCACAAGUGCUUCUGUCUAUGGAAUUUGUUACUGCUAUUUUAGGUUGCUGUCAAUUGCUUAUUUUUAAGCAGAACUUAUUUUAAGCUUGAAGAAUAGGAAAUGUAUUUUUA